AUGUGUUCGCGGUCGGCCGUCCUCGUGUACCCCGGGUCGUGGCGGCCGCCGAGGGUGUGUGUGCGCGCAAGCCCGCUUGAUUUGCUUCAGGGCCGGCGUACGCUCUUCAGCUCCUCGUCCAAGGUCGUCCGGAACUACGAGGACCUCCCGCGCGACUACCGCGACCAGCAAGGGCUGCAGUUCCGCGCCGGCGACCUCUCCGAGGAGGAGAUUGGCAGGAUAUUCGGGGCGGGAUUCUCGGCCGCGGCGGGGAAUCGAUUGCUGCGCAUACUGCACGGGCGGCGGGUGGCGGGCACCUUGGACGACCCGGCGUUUGCCAUUCACACGGCGCAGUUUCCGGAGGCGCUGGUUGCCAGGGGGCUGGAGUACCUGCGGCAGCAUGUCCCGGUGGACGAGGUCAUGAAUGCCGGGCUGAGGGCGGAGGACGAGCUGAACCAGAUGGACCGCGAGGCGGAGGAGCGAGCGGCGCGAGAGGGGGCCGCGGCGCCCGGGCGAGACGACGCGACCGAGGGCGAGGACGCAGCCUCCGAGGCGGACGACCCGGUGUACGGCCGAGGCGCCUUUGACCGCAUCCGAGCGCGCAACAUUUCCAGGCAAAAGGCCCGGGACAGGGCCGCCGAGGAGGAGCGUGCGGCCAAGGACGCCGAGGAGCAAGUUGGGGUCUCGGGGCCCCUGGCCAGACGGCCGGACGGCAGCCGGGCCAUCAGCAACCCCAAAGUUGCAGAGUACUACGAAAAGGCACAGUCGGGGCUGGAGGCGCCGCCCGAGAUGAAGACGUGGGAGCGCGUGCUGCCGUCCUUGACGCUCGUCGCGCUGGCGUUGGGCUUCAUGGCCGCCGUGGCCAUGGUCUACGAGGAACCCAUGCCGCGGUACCGGCUGCUGCGCGACGUUUCCACCGCCCACGCCACCGUCGGCACCUUGAUCGCCAUCAACGCCCUCGUCUUCCUGGGCUGGCGCGUGCCGCCGCUGUGGUCCCUGUUCAACAAGUACAUGAUUUUCGUCGUGGCCACGGUCAAGCCGCCGACGCUGUUUACCGCCGUCUUCUCCCACACCAAGCUGAGCCACAUGCUGGUCAACAUGGUGCCGCUGUGGUUCGUCGGCACGGCGCUGCACGAGGAGCUCGGGCGGGCGGAUUUCCUCACGCUGUACCUGGGCUGCGGCGCCGUGGGCUUCCUCGGCAGCCUGGUCACGUACACACUAAGGGGGUGGUUGACGGUGACGUCGCUGGGGGCCUCGGGCGCGACGCUGGGCCUUUGCUCGGCGUACUUUUGGGCGCACAGGAACGACGGCUUCAAGGUGUUUGGGCUGCCGCGGCAAGGGGAUGGGGUCCACGGCAUCGUGUUCCUGGCCCUGAUGGCGGCGCUGCAGAUGGCGGCGUUUGGCAGGACCAGGACGCUCAAGGUGGACAUUGCCUCGCACCUGUCGGGGAUGGCGGCCGGCAUUGUGGGCAUUGAGAUGCUGAGCAGGACGGGGAAGAGGAGGAGCAGGAAGGGAGAAGACGCGGAAAAGGAGCUCAUUGAUGUCUGGGGUGCUGAUGGCCGGGGAGGCGGCGGCGUGAAGGCGGCCGGGGGGAGUGGCAGGCCCAGGGUUGGCCGAGGGUGA